UUUAAGAUAGUCUGUAGCAUUUAUAACGAAAGGAAUAACAACAACAAUAAUAGAAGUGUGUGUGUCUACAAUUAUUCAUAUCUCUCCUCAUGUAUAUUCGUGGUUAAAUUCGUGCGCGUCUCUCUUUCUCUCUCUGUCUCUCUAAUACAGUACAACAAAUACUAUUAUUUUAUUGUUUAUUAUUUCACAAAAUUUCCCAUGUGAAAAGUAUUUGCAUAUAUUAUUCUCAGCACAGACGAUUACGAUUACACACCCAUGUGAUUAAUGCUAAAUUAUAAUCUAUCCAAUCAAAGUAGCAAAUCAUGAAAUAAAAAUGAUUAAUGUAAGUGAAAAUGCAAAUGCAAACUAAUUGAAAAAAAAGGCGCUGUGCGAGCUGUGGAGACAAAAGUGAAAAUUAUUUAAAUUGAAACGCUGUCACAAUCUAAAAUUGUUGUGUGGAAUUGGCAAUCGCGCUAAAAGCAAAUCGUACGUUGUGCAAAAUGUCCAACACUGAAGACAGCGAGCUGGACCCGCAAAUUCAGAUUGAACUGGAGAAUCUCAAUAGUGCUACGGAUGAGAUUAAUAAACUCGAAAUUGAAUUGGAGGAGGCCAACUCAACAUUUCGCAUACUGUUGAAUGAGUCGACGCGCCGCUUGAAACUCUCCUCCAAGAAGCUAGGGAAUUGCAUUGAGAAGGCGCGUCCUUACCACGAGUCGCUGGACAAGGCGCGCCAGGCGCAAAUUGAAUGCCAACAGGCCGCUGUCAAAUUUCAGCGAGCCAAUGAGAUCCAUGCAGCCGCCAAGGAGACUGUGGCGCUGGCCGAGCAGCGAUUCAUGUCCAAUUCACACGAAUGGCAGUUCGACAAUGCCUGGCAGGAGAUGCUGAAUCAUGCCACCCAGAAGGUGAUGGAUGCCGAGAAACAGAAGGCCGACUGCCAUGCGGAGCAUCAGCGACGAACGCGACUCUUUCACACCGCCGAGCAAAAGUUACAGCAGCUCGAGGAUCGCUUCAGGCGCAGCAUAAACAAAUCCCGACCGUACUUUGAGGAGAAGCAGGUGUGCCAAGAUCAGCUGCAAACACAAAAGAAUCGAAUCCAGGAGCUGCAGCAGCAGGUGGCCAGUGCCAAGGCGACAUAUUCCACGGCGUUGCGCAAUUUGGAGCGCAUCAGCGAGGACAUACAUCGGCAGCGUGGCGAUUAUCCGGCGUUAAGCAACUCCCCGCCACCGCCAGGACCUCGAGAGCCGGGCGUCGGCGCCGAACUGAAUACACCAACAUCGAGUGCGUUGCCAUCGCUGCCCGACUUCCAUCUGGAGCUGGAGAAAUGUGACUAUCCAUCGAUAGCGGGCAGCCAAAUGUCUCUGGGAGCGGGCAGUGCAACACCCGCUGCCACCCCAUCCGCUGUUGAAACGGAGGAUGAGUUCGAAGAGGAGGGCGAGGAGGAUAAUGUGCGCGAUUACGAUGAGGCAGCGCUGGGCAACGAUCUGCGCGGCGUUGUCGACGAACGCCAACUGGAGGCGUUGCGCCAAAAGGUCAAAAUACUCGCAGUGCGACCCAUCGAAGGCGGCGACGGCCAGCAACAGAACGAUGUGUGGGAGCACGAACUAAAGGCAACCGUUGACAAACUUGAUCAUCUCAUGAUGCUCAAGGAGGCUGCCAAGCAUCAGUUGCAGAAAUCCACAGAGCAGCGACCCGAUUCACUGGGUGCCGAGGCCUCCAAGCGCCACAGCGAUGUGGAUGAGGUGGAUGCCAGGGAUGUUGUGAUUAAAAUAAACACCGCCGCCGUAUCAAUGAAUGUGCAUCACAGUCUGCCCGUGACGCCACAGCAUCAUCAACAGCAGCAGAAGCAACAUCAUCAGCAGCAGCAGCAUCAUCAUCAGCAGCAGCAGCAGCAUCGUCAUCAGCAACAGCCCAACGAUAGCAGCAUUAAGAAGCUACAGCAGCAGCUGGCGCCGCUGCCAUCGGUGAAUGUUUCCAUGCGUGAGUUGCCGCUGCUCGCGAGACUCUCCAAUGAGCUGCUCGAUCGCAGCAGCGCCGCCAUGGGCAGUGUACGGCGGCAACUGCGACGUCGCUCCCUCGAAUAACAGCAACAGCAGCAGAAGCAGCAGCAGCAACAACAGAAACAACAACAACAACUCUCAAAACUCUAAUAUCAACUUAAAAGUUUGUUUAUAUUAAAUGAAUUGUAAAAUGUUUGUGAAUGCAGCAAAGAGAAUCGCAUUUAGUUCACAACACUGAAUAUUGAGUACACAAUGCCUAUCACUUAUAUAUAUAUAUAACAUAAAUAUAUAUAUAUAUAUCCACUUCUAUUUUUCGUAUAUAUAUAUAUAUUAUAAUAUUAAAUUAUCGUAAAUGUUGAGUAAUUGUUCCGAGUGUCCUGCGUGUUAAUAUUAAACUUAUUGAUGUCCUUUUAUGUGAUUGCAAACUUAUUGAAAAUUGUAAAAAGAAAUGAAAAGUGAAAAGCCAGGCACUAAACAAAUAAGCAGUUUUAAGUUAAUGUUUAAAACAAAAAUACUGAAAAAAUAAGCCACUUACUAAUUAAAGAGAAAUCAGAUAAUUGGGCACAUGCACUAAAUAGUUUAGCCUAAAAUAACGCAUUAAAAUAAACAAGAUUGAAGCAAAAAAACAAAAAAACGGCACUCGUUUGAAAUGAGAAAUGCAACAGAAAAUAACAAAUACGAAUUCAAUUAGCCAUUUAAGCAAAUUUCUCAAAUAUCGCGAAGAAUGCGCAUAAGCUGAAUAUGAGUUAUAAAUGCGAGUACUUCUCUGUGUAGUUGAAAUUACAAUUU